CGGCUGGCCGCGCGCAGGCGCUAAAUGGCGGCGCCCCGAGCGGUGACCCGGCUGCUGCCCCGCGCGGGGGGGAGACCCCGGGCCUGGUACCAGCAGCCCCUGAGGCCGGGGGGCCCGGGCAGAGGCAGCAUCCUGGGGCCAGCCGGAGGGUGGAGCCAGCAGGAGGCGCUGGGGCUGCUGGAGGCAGCGGUUCUGUAUCGGGCAGGGCCACUGGUGGCCAUCAGCAAGCCCCCGGGCCUGGCUGUGACAGGCAGUCCAGGGCAGCUGAGUUUGGUUUCACUGCUCCCAGAUCUGAGCCAGAGGCUGAGUCUCCCUCCUGAGCUCCACGUGGUCAAAGCAGCUGGAAAAGAUGGCUCUGGUCUUGUGCUUCUCUCCGGCUGCCCUGGCACCACGCAGCAGCUCCAUGCAUUCUUCACGCAGCUCCAGAGAGCAGGGCGCCCCCCUGCCACUUACCGCGCUGUCACUGCCGGAGUCCCAGCUGCCGCGGAGGGGGAGAUCCGCACAGGACUGAAGUUGGAGCAGGUUGGGGACCUGCAGCUGGUGGUGCCGGUGGCUGCCCCGUCCCGACGCAGUGUGGAGAGGAAGGAGGUGAAGCAAACCCUGACCCGCUACAAGGUGCUGGGCAUGGCUCCGGGCUGUGGCCUGGUGCAGCUCCAGCCCAUGACAGCCUUUCCUGGCCAGCUCCUGGUGCACCUGACGCUGCUGCUGUGUCCUGCGCUGGGUGACCACGUGUACUCUGCCCGUGUGGGCACAGUCCUGGGGGAGCCCUUCCUGCUGCCUGUGGGGAGUGCUCUGCCACGCACACAGGUCCUGGGUGAGCAGCUGCUCCGCAGGCUGUGCCUCACUCAGCAGCUGCUGCAUCGCCUGCCACUGCAUCUCCACCUGCACCAACUGCUCCUCCCGACAGCUGUUCUCACUGCGCCACCUCCGCCCUUCUUCCUCCAGACGCUCCGUCUGCUGGGACUCCCUGGGGGCCAGAGUGCGUCGUGACCGGGUGCCCCCUGGGGUGGCCCUGCUCAGCUGCCCCAGCUGGACCCACCCUGACCCAGAAGGCCACUGAAGCAAGAGGCAGGCCCAGCUCUGUGGCAGAGAGGCCAUUUCCCAAGCGGGAAAGGAGCAGAACUCACCCCUGGGGCUGCUGCUAGCAGAGCUCUAGGUUGGGGUCUCUGCAUCCCGCUGAUGGGACUCUCCACAGGGAUGGUCUCCGGGAAGGCUGGUGGCACUACUGGAAUGCUGCCCCAGACUCCUCCCCCUCGGUGUGGGGGCGGGCAGGACAGCCCCCUGGUGCCCCACCUAGUGUCUGCACUGUGCUCCAUGCCACCAGCAGCCUGGUUCUUGGGUUUAGCCACUCUGAUCUUUACGUAGCCCAAACAGUGGCGCUCCCACGAGCUGAUCCUUCUGCCUCUCGGGACCUUUUCUGCUCUUCCCCAGGCCCCCCACCCCCCCAUUUCCCAGCCAUGCCAAACUGUUGGUUUGGGGUCUUGUCUCAUGGCCCCCUCUGGCUCUGUCAGCUGCACCUCUGCAAGGGCCUUUGGCCUCCCUGCCCCAUCCCAUGUCCCCGUGUCUCCUUGCUGAGGCUGCCUGUGUCAGGGGUGUUCAGUAGUGUUAGGGAGCGGGUCGGGUGCUCUCCCAGUGGCUGGGAUCAGCAGGCCCUCACUGCUGCUCCCAUCUGCAGUGUCAUACCAAAGCAGUGUGUUCCCUGGUGCUAGUGGGGCUGGGGUUACAGGCAGCUGGCUGGGCAGAGGAGGGUUGCCGCCGCCUGGCAGGGGUGCUCCCUGCAGCUAGCCUAGGGGGCAGCCUAUCUCCCACCGGCGCUCCAUGUGGCGACAGCGCCUCACCCCACACCCUGGGAGGGGUGUCUCCAAGCAGCUUUAAAGCCCUGGGGGUGCUGGCACCAUGCUCCUGGGUGAGCGGGGCUAGAGCCCUGAGGGGAGGGGCUGAAAGAUCCAGGCCCCCCGCAGCCCAGCAGGCUUCCCAGGGGGAGAUGGCAGCAGCGUGCAUGUCCCAGGAGCCCUUGCACUGGCUGCCACUAGGAAUAAGCUGUUGCAAGGAGCUGUGAGCAGUAGCCGUUAAUUUCCCUCUGCUGGGUGUGAGGCUGUCCUGGGGGGUGCAGCAGUAACCCCUCCCCCUGCAGGUCUCACUGAACUGGGCCUGGAACCAGGCCCAGCUUGGAGCUGACCCCGCUGCCAUGGCCUCUUCCUGGCCAGAGAGCGCAGAGCCCCCUGGGAGAGGCAACUUCUCUGGCUUGGGCCCUGCCUGUGAGUGUGACCUUCAGGGGCUUCUCCCAGGAGGGCAGGCCCCCUUGGACCAUGUUCACGGCCCUGGAAUCCUGCUGCUGGAGCCGUUAGAGCAGCGGGGCCAGCACAGACACCCUGUGAUCGCGUGCGUUAGAACUAGGGUAACUUCUGUGUUUUAAAUGUGUACGUGCCCCAGCUGCAUCCGAACCAUGGUGCUAAAUCCUCCCAGCAAGGGCAAAUGCAGGUGGGGGGCUCUGGCUUUCUGGUGUUUGCACUCCCAGUGUCCUCCUGGGGUGAUUCGGGGAAUCCUGUACACAGCAGGAAAGGGCUGGAUCACUGGACCCCUCCAUGUAGGUGGAGUUUGCCCCCUCCAGCCCAGGGGGAGGGGGCAGUGGUACCCCCAGGGUAUGCGAAGGAGGGGCCUGGGCUGGGAGCCGGUGCUGGAGGUGGGGUUUUAGAAGUGCUGCAGAGCUCACAGGUAGGGCUGCCUGUUUUGGUUAGACGUAUUCAUCACAUGACAGAAUCUUUAAUUAAAACUGUAAUCCUGGA